AGCGCCUGCGCCCGCGGCUCCCCAGCCGGUGCGCGGGAGUCACCGAGGCCAAGGCGCGGCAGCCGGCUGGCGGCGAGAUCUCUUGCUCCCUCGCUCGCUCUCUGCGCUCAGGAAAAGCCCAGCCGGGAAGCCCCAGAGACCCGCCCUCCAAGAUGAAGAAGCUCCAGGGAGCUCACCUCAGCAAGCCCAUCACCCCAGACCUGCUGAUGACCCCCAGUGACCAGGGCGAUGUAGACCUGGACGUGGACUUUGCCGCAGACCGGGGGAACUGGACAGGCAAGCUGGACUUCCUGCUGUCCUGCAUUGGCUACUGUGUAGGCCUGGGGAACGUCUGGCGUUUCCCCUAUCGAGCCUACACCAACGGAGGAGGCGCCUUCCUUGUGCCCUACUUCCUCAUGCUGGCCAUCUGCGGCAUCCCCCUCUUCUUCCUCGAGCUCUCUCUGGGCCAGUUCUCCAGCCUGGGACCCCUGGCUGUCUGGAAAAUCAGCCCCCUCUUCAAAGGUGCUGGCGCGGCCAUGCUGCUCAUCGUGGGUCUGGUGGCCAUCUACUACAACAUGAUCAUCGCCUACGUCCUCUUCUACCUCUUCGCCUCCCUCACCAGCAACCUGCCCUGGGAGCACUGUGGCAACUGGUGGAACACGGACCUCUGCCUCGAACACAGAGGCUCCAAGGAUGGCAACGGGGCCCUGCCCCUCAACCUCACCAGCACCGUCAGCCCCAGCGAGGAGUACUGGAGCCGCUACGUUCUCCACAUCCAAGGCAGCCGGGGCAUCGGAAGUCCUGGGCAGAUCCGCUGGAACCUCUGCCUUUGCCUGCUGCUUGCCUGGGUCAUCGUGUUCCUCUGUAUCCUCAAGGGUGUGAAGUCCUCGGGCAAGGUGGUGUAUUUCACGGCCACGUUCCCCUACCUCAUCCUGCUCAUGCUGCUGGUCCGUGGAGUCACCCUCCCAGGGGCCUGGAAGGGCAUCCAGUUCUAUCUCACCCCUCAGUUCCACCACCUGUUGUCUUCCAAGGUGUGGAUCGAAGCUGCUCUUCAGAUCUUCUACUCCCUGGGUGUGGGCUUCGGGGGGCUCCUCACCUUUGCGUCCUACAACACGUUUCACCAGAACAUCUAUAGAGACACCUUCAUCGUCACCCUGGGCAACGCCAUCACCAGCAUCCUAGCUGGCUUUGCCAUCUUCUCCGUGCUGGGCUACAUGUCUCAGGAGUUGGGUGUGCCUGUGGACCAAGUAGCCAAAGCAGGCCCUGGCCUGGCCUUUGUCGUCUAUCCACAGGCCAUGACCAUGCUGCCUCUAUCGCCCUUCUGGUCCUUCCUCUUCUUCUUCAUGCUGCUGACUCUUGGCUUGGACAGCCAGUUUGCCUUUCUGGAGACCAUUGUGACAGCUGUUACAGAUGAGUUCCCGUAUUACCUGCGGCCCAAGAAGGCUGUGUUCUCAGGGCUCAUCUGUGUGGCCAUGUACCUGAUGGGGCUGCUCCUCACCACGGAUGGGGGCAUGUACUGGCUGGUCCUUCUGGACGACUACAGCGCCAGCUUCGGGCUAAUGGUGGUGGUGAUCACCACGUGCCUCGCUGUCACCCGGGUGUAUGGCAUCCAGAGGUUCUGCCGGGAUAUCCACAUGAUGCUGGGCUUCAAGCCGGGCCUCUACUUCAGGGCCUGCUGGCUGUUCCUGGCCCCGGCCACGCUCCUGGCCCUGCUGGUGUAUAGCAUCGUCAAGUACCAGCCCUCAGAAUAUGGCAGCUACCGCUUCCCAGCCUGGGCGGAGCUGCUGGGCAUCCUGAUGGGCCUGCUGUCCUGCCUUAUGAUCCCAGCCGGCAUGCUGGUAGCUGUGCUUCGAGAGGAGGGCUCGCUCUGGGAGCGGCUCCAGCAGGCCAGCCGGCCAGCCCUAGAUUGGGGCCCGUCGCUGGAGGAGAACCGGACAGGCAUGUACGUGGCCACGCUGGCCGGGAGCCAGUCCCCCAAGCCACUGAUGGUGCACAUGCGCAAGUACGGGGGCAUCACCAGCUUCGAGAACACGGCCAUCGAGGUGGACCGAGAGAUUGCAGAGGAGGAGGAAUCCAUGAUGUGAGAUGGCAAGCAGGCAGACAGAAGGCCCUGCCGGCCCCCAAGUGUUGCCACGCGCCCUCUGGGGUUCUGAGAGGCCUGAGGCUGCGGGAGGUUGCCAUGGUGAUGCCGGUCCCCAGAGCAAGUCCCUCUUUGUGGCCUCUGCCUCUCCUAAAACCUCUGUCUACUCCCAACACACACACACACACACUCUCAAAGCUGAGAAUAAGCCAGCUCAGCCCUUACUUCACAGAUGGACAGACUGAGGCCCAAGGUCACACGACAGAAGGGACUGGACCCCAGGCCUCCUGACCAGCCAGCUCCCUUUCUCAUUUGGCAGCUGGCAUCACCCUCUCAUCUCUGUUCAGGGCCCAGUCCCUUCUCUUCUCUUGGGGAGCCUGCCCCAUACACUUCAACGAAUCAGAAUCCUGAGCUGGGCAGGGACACUCAGGUUGUCUCGAGGCCCACAAGGCCCCGGGCAUCAAGGGUUAUCAAGUCAAGUGGGAGAAAGAUCCCUGUGGGCUCACGUGUGCAGGCCAGGUUUCCUGAAGGAGGUGGGACCUGAGGGCCCUGGAGGAUGGGCAAGUUUGGAGAGAGAGAGAGAGGAAGAGGACAGCAGGGUGGGGAGGGCCUCUGGCCAAGGCGUUGAUCCAGCCAAGGUGUGGAGGUCAGAAUAUAGCCCCCUUCUCCUUCCCUGGGGCCAGGAGGCGGCCUGGGGAGAGACCAAGGGUGAGUGAGCGGGGAGAGCCUGGAGAGUGGUGGGAGAAGCAGGUGUUACCAGGUUACAACAGGAUUCAAGUGGGAAUGAAGGUCGAUGGGGAGCGGGAGCCAGGGACGUGGGCGGGCAGCAGAUUCGCAUGAUCAUGUGGUUUAGAUAGAAUAUCCUUCUGGCUCAGUGUGCAAGGUGGAAUAGAGGGGAUAGGGUAGAGGCGGGAAGCCUGCAGAGGCCAGACCAGAGGGGCUAGUGCCUGAGCUUGGGUAUUAGGAGGGUGUAGGGAGGGAAAGAAGGAGGACCCCACAACUUCCCUCUCUGGACCCCAUGCCCUCUAGUGUAGGGAGCCCUGGGCAUGAUUAGAACCGGGGAAGGGAGGGCGGUGCCUGACCUGCACUGUGGAGGUGGGAACGAGGGGUCAAAGUCAGGACCCAGGGCCCCUCUCUUCCCUUCUCCCUUGUCCUGGCAGCCCUCACUGUUUCCUCUAGCUCCAGGCACUGCUGGGGAAUUGGCCUUGGCUGUGGACGACCAGGCCACUAAGAGACUCGGGAGGUGGUCCACACAUAUGGCUGUCUGGCCCCAGGGCUGUCCACUCUGCUUCAGCACGCGGGUCCCUGGGCAUGGACACGAGAGUGGAGGCAGAGAGCAGGCGACACCCCAGGCCUGUAGCAAGAGACCUUGGCAUCUUCAAUCCCCAGGCUUGGGAGGGGCUGCCCUGGGGUCCCUCCUUCCCUGAGAGAUGAGGGUGGGGUGGGAAAACGCCUGAUCCGGUCCCCUGCACAUGGCAUCCUCCAGUGGGGCAGGGUGGCCUUGUGCAGCUGUGCCAGCCCCUUUGCCCUCUCUGCUGGUGUUUCCCCAACCCAUCUGUGUUCUGUUAAUAAACACCAAUGAAGUCAUCUUC